GGGUUGAGCAUGUGGUGUUUGGAUGUCGGGGUUGCUAUUUGGCGCAAGAACCGUGGUGAGGCGUUCAUCACCGCAGUGUGUCGGCAGAGCAAGGGUAUUCUUAGCUGCAUUUUGGUGCUGCGGUUCCGGCUACAGAGGCUUGGCUGCACAGAAGGUUGUUAGGGGGGCCUUGGAAGUCGUGGUCUUGGAAGAUGCCAAGGCAACCACAGGAGUGGAGAGACUUUCCCAGUGGUUGAUUUUCAUGCUGCGGAUGGGUAGGAUUGAGGUGCGAUUUUUCUGUUGGGUAGCUCAAAGAAGGCGUGCGUGCCUAGCAGCCGAACCGGGCUGCGCAGGAACCGUGCAUGCACGCGCGAACUGGCGAGCAGUGGUCGGCGUGUGAAGCAAUUGUUCAGGAUGGUGGAGGACAGGAUUUUGCGAGGCGGAGAUAGCGCAGGCAUGGCUUACGAUGGGUUCUCCGGCGGAGCCGAUGACCUGAGUGGGUACAGCGGGUUCGACGAUUCGGCGCGGUUUGACAGCUCGAGGUUGGAGUCUGCGCGAUUCGACAGUUCGUUCCGAGCAGCGGACGAUUACAAGCCGGAUCCGUUCGGGCUGGAUGACAACAGGGAAGGGUUCGAUGAGUUCAAGGGCGCUUCGGACGGGUACGGUCACCCGGCUCCAAUAUACGAGAACGAGGAGUCGGGCGGUGGUAUGCCCAGCACGUAUGGGGCAGGGUAUGCAGGUGCGGAGUAUGCGUCGAAUCCGACGGAUGAGGGAAGCUACCACAAGGAGCUAGACGAGGAUUUGUUUGGUGGAGACGGUGGCGGCGGUCCAAUGCUGCCCCCGCCCGAGGAGAUGCAGGAGGAAGGCGCCGUGCUUCGGCAGUGGAAGAGGGAGAACGCGCAGCGACUGCAAGAGAAGGAGCGUGAGGAGAAGGAGAAGCUGCAGCAGAUCAUCGACGACGCUGACGACUACAAGGCGAAGCACAAGGCGAAGCGUGAGGCGAACCGGGAGGCGAGGAUGAAGGAGAAUCGCGACAAGGAAACGGUGUACCACGCCGACCAGGAGCACUUCCACAAGACAGCCGGCAAGCAGUACUGGAAGGCUGUGACGGAGCUGGUGCCAAAGGAGCUGCCAGCUUCUCUGGAGCCCAAGAGCCGGCAGAUGAAGGAGAAGAAGGAGAAGAAGUCGACAUUCGUGGCACUUCCGGGGCCGAAGCCGGGCAAGCCCACGGACUUGGGGCGGUUCAGGCAGGUUCUUCUGAAGCUGAAGCACAACCCUCCCGCGCACAUGAUUCCUCCUCCUCCAGCAGCGCCGAAGCCAGAGGCCAAGGAGGGUGAGAAGGGGGCGAAGGGUGAGGCGGGGAAGGAGGGAGGGAAAGGGAAGGAGAAUGCUCCAGGUGCCCCCGGAGCAGCGGUGGAGGGUGCGGAGGUGCCGGAAGCUCCUGCGACGCCUGAGCAGGAAACAGAGCCGGUGCUAGUUGGCGCAGCGUGAGGGUUUUGAGGUGGUCUGGUGUGACUGUUAUUCGGCAGGCUCGAGUAGAGACGAAGGGUAGGGCUGUGCAGGUAGUGGAAGUUGAAGCAUGACGUAGGUGGGUACUGCAGCAUUGGAGAGAUUAGUUUUAGGUUUUUGCUAGUUGGCACACUAUGCGAAUGGACUGGAAGUGAUGCACCCUUCGUCAGGGAGCUUCAGGUGCAAGCUUGCGGAAGUGCGCACAUUGUUGUAUAUUCAUUUUUUUCGUUGAUGUUAGCGUGAUGUUCGUGGGAGUAGCGGUUGCUACUUUGGAAUCA